AUGAAAGCUACUAUGUCUUUGAAUGAAUUUACUGCAUGCGAUGAUGGUAGUGAAUCUGGUAAUGAAACUAUAUCUAUACGUAAAAGAAGAGCAAAAUCAAAAGUUUGGGAGUAUUUUACUGAGUUGCCUGUUGAUAGUGAUGGGAAAGCUAAAGUUCAGUGCAAGAAAUGUGACCAAGUUUAUGUUAGUGGUUAUGGUACCACAAAUAUGUUGAGGCAUAUUCAUUCUUGCCCAAAACGAGAUAUAGAUGAGGUUGAUUCAUCGUGGAAAACCAUGCCAUUAGAUCAAGAUAAUUACAGAGAAAUGUUGGCUAGGGUCAUUGCAUUGCAUGACCCCCGUUAUAAGGUGAAAUAUGUGGAGUUUUGUUUUCAAAAAGUGGGUCUUGGUUCUACUCAUGUGGUGACUCUCUUGGAUAAGUUAAAGCUUCUUUACAAAGAAUAUGAGAGAGCAUCAAAUGAUAUAUGCAUGGCCGGUAGUAGUUCGGAAGAGGCCUUUGGAGAUGUUCGUGAUGAUGAGAUGCUUGAGUUUGAACAGUUUGAGAGCCAAGUAGUUUCAGUCAGUAGGACCAAGUCUGAAUUAGAAGAGUAUUUAGAUGAAAAGAUACUUUCUUGGAAGAAAAAUGAGAAUCUGAAUGUUCUUGAAUAUUGGAAAGUAGAAUCUGAGAAGCGUCCUCAAUUAUCCAUGAUGGCUCGUGAUAUACUCAGUAUCCCUAUUACUUCAGUGGCCUCUGAAUCUGCUUUCAGCAUAGCUGGUCGUGUGCUUGAUAAGUACCGCAAUCGUCUUCUUCCGGAAAAUGCCGAAGCUCAAAUAUGCCUUGGUUCUUGGUUAGAGGAGGUUCUUACUAACAUAGUUGUAUCCUAUGAUCUAAAUGCAGCUUUGGAAGAUAUUGAAGAAGGACAUUUGUUGGUGCAUGAUUUUAGUGAUAUUCAAAAUUUUGAAUCUGAAGGAGGGUGGUGA